GGAGACGCUGGCGGAAGCCAGCUGCUCUUCGCCAACUUUAACCAGGACAACACGUCCUUAGCUGUUGGCACCAAAUCAGGAUACAAGUUUUUCUCCCUGUCCUCUGUGGACAAAUUGGAGCAGAUAUAUGAAUGUAGUAAGUAUAAACUGACCUCUGUUCUGGCUUUCUACUUCCAUCUACUCACCCGUUUGUUUGUUUUCCUCAUCCAAUCACUAAACAGAAUGCACACACAAUAGUUGCAUGCAGUUAGCUGUUUUGUGUUUUGUUUUAAAGGCAUGCAUUUUUUUUGGUUUGUUUUUGUGAAAGUGCGACUUGGGUGUAAUGGUGGUGGUAAUGGUGCACGAGGCUGCAUAACAUGAAACUCUUUCCAGUAAUUUAACCACACAUGUGUAUGCUAAUGGCGUAGACAGAGUAGGCCCCUGUUGCGGUGGUCCUCGAUGUCGCUCUUCCUCUGCCUCUCCAGUUAGCCUUCACUCCCAGGCACAGAUUCCAUCUGUGCUACCUAUGACUGAUGCCGAUGACGGCGAUCGACUGCACACUGUAGAGCUGAAGCAACGUUCAACAGCUGACACUGAGGAUGUGUGCAUUGUGGAGCGUCUGUUCUCCAGCAGCCUGGUGGCUAUAGUUAGUCUGAAGGCCCCCCGGAAGCUCAAAGUCUGUCACUUCAAGAAGGGAACUGAGAUCUGCAACUACUCCUAUUCAAACACUAUACUGGCUGUGAAGCUCAACAGACAGAGGCUGAUUGUGUGCCUGGAAGAGUCGCUCUAUAUACACAACAUCAGAGACAUGAAAGUGCUGCACACUAUUAGAGAGACUCCGCCUAACCCUUCAGGAUUGUGUGCCCUUUCCAUCAGCAAUGAUAACUGUUACCUGGCAUACCCAGGCAGUGCUACGAUAGGAGAGGUCCAAGUGUUUGACACAGUCAACUUGAGAGCAGCAAAUAUGAUUCCAGCCCACGACAGCCCAUUAGCGGCUCUGGCUUUCGAUGCUACUGGAACUAAGCUGGCUACAGCAUCAGAGAAGGGUACAGUCAUCCGUGUCUUCUCGAUCCCAGAGGGACAGAAGCUCUUUGAGUUUCGACGAGGAGUCAAGAGGUGCGUGAGCAUCUGUUCGCUGGCGUUCAGUAUGGACAGCCUGUACCUUUCUGCCUCCAGCAACACAGAGACGGUCCACAUCUUCAAAUUAGAAACACAGAAGGAGAAGUAUGUGCCAGCCGAGGAGCCCACCACGUGGGGAGGUUACCUGGGGAAGGUCUUGAUGGCGUCCACCACCUACCUGCCUUCCCAAGUCACGGAAAUGUUUACCCAGGGGCGAGCCUUCGCCACCGUACGUCUACCCUUUUGCGGGCAUAAGAAUAUCUGCGCCUUAGCUGUGAUUCAGAAGAUUCCCAGGUUGCUUGUAGCAGCGGCUGAUGGCUACCUGUAUAUGUACAACCUGGAUCCACAAGAGGGAGGCGAAUGCACACUAACGAAGCAGCACAGGUUAGACGGGAGUACCGAGCCCCCCAAUGAGAUCCUUGAGCAGGGGUCACAUGAUCGCCCACUUGUGGCCCAGACCUACAGUGCUGCUGUCUCAAAGGGUUACUGUGAAGAGCAGGGCGCUGUGGGAGGGGUGGGGCUUGACGACGACCUCAGCGACCUACGCUUAGAGGAAGACAACGAGCAACCGCCGCUCAUCCUCGAGACCGAGUGACUGGACUGAUGGCUGUACCCACCGAUCAGAGGCCUCCUCUGGUGCUGCUAGAGACACGUGACCCCGAAAGGGGCGUGGACAGGAUCAAAGAUGGAGGCGGGGAGGGGGAGUGUCUUUGUUUUUCUUUUAAAGUGUUCAAGAGCCUGUCCACCAGUUUGUUCAUGCAUCCAUCCGUUCACAUACACGUCGUCUUUUUUCUUUUUUUUUCUUCUCUCCCCCCCUCCCUCCUGCGCUCCCUUUUCCCUCAGUUUAGCCUGAGCAGGCCAAACUGAAGCUUUGCAUGUACAUGUGCCAAAAGCUUAAGUGUGAAAAUGAGUAUCUGAGAGUGUGAGUGUCAUUUAAAAAAAUAAAAAAUGUAGCUGUGUCGCUGUUAAAGACACUCUCUCACACACAGCGAGCCUGUGUGUGUGAGUAGAAACCGAUUGUGUAAGUGCCUCUCUGCCCUUGCUGUGAUGGCUCUUUUGUGUUUGAGAGGGGCGACCUCUUUUCAUUGGCUGAAUAAAAUCUUCUUUCAUUUGUUCAAUCUUAAUCGAGGGUGUGUGCUAUCUUUUCUGACCCCUUCCCCUCUCUCUCUCUCUCUCUCACACACACUUUCUUGUACACUGUCCUGCAGAGGGCGGGGCAUCAGUCUAAGGUUUUUGGCAUGAGGCAGAGGUGUUGACAAAUAUGUGAUUGUUUGCUUGCGUGCGUGCGUGUGUGUGCUCGGGCAUGUACAUUAGCAAACCAUCUAGUCAUGAGCUUAUACACCUGCCCCUGCUCACUUUACCUCAUCCAAACAAGAGGCUCAGUGGACCUUCUCCUGCCCUCUCCCUGUCCUCAGGCCUGCAGUCAUUGGUUAAUUUUUAAACUAUCAAUCUUGUUUUUGUUUUUUUUAAAACUACAUAGCUAAUCAUAACCAAUGAUGUGUCAUGCGUAUGAAAACAUGCAUGGUGUUGUUGAUGUGGUACUGUGUCCAUACAUCUAAGCGGUGGUUGGUGAUGAUCGACGGAGAAAGGCAGGAAGCUCUCCGGUCUCCUCUUAACAACUCAUCCUACUGUAUCUUACUCUGUACAUUAUUAGAUGUGGCGAGAUAUCACUGUGUCACGCAGGGAUAGUGAGUGUUUGGCCAACGAGCAAGCUGAGCAUCGUCAUUCGAUUGUGAUCUGGAGGUCGGGCUGAGCCUCAUCAUCUGGGCCGGGAUGCUGCAUGAUUCCCCAAAUAAUCCUUUUCAGUGUGUGAAGCCACCAAGUAAGGAUUAGAUGUGGGAGUUUGGAGUGUCGGGCAUUUUCUAAUGAUUUUGUAUAAAAUGUGAAACGUUCAUCUGAAACUAAAAUAAAUUCAUGUUGAUGUAUGAA